GAGGAAACUAGGCAAGCGGGAUUUCCAGAAGGCGACAAGAUGCAACGUCCGAAGUAAGGGCGGUGUUAGUGGAGACCACGACCUUGUCAAUGAUGCCUAAUGACAUUCAGCAGGCCUCGUGGAAGUGAGGUGCCAGUACGUGAGUGACAUUUGCGUCAGCUCCUUAACCUUUGUUUGCAUUAUUGUUGACAAUAAUAGAAACUGUAUUCAGCUAUGUGGAACAAGGCUUGCUUCAUUACCACAAACAAAGGAAGAGUAUGGCACACCUUGUGAUGGCGGUGCCUCAUCCGCCGGAAGUGGCUGCAUCCCACGGGCUUCCAAUGAGGAGGGGCAGGUACCAACCAAUGACGACGAAAAUAAAAGAAUUUUCUUUCCGCAGCUGGUACCUGAGAAAACGGCGCAAGGCCCGGGAUGUCGGAAGAAAAGAGAGAGAGAAGUGUGAGUGGAGAUAGUGGGCAAGUCCAAGAAACUUGAGUGGUG